UCAUGUUCAUUUGUCUCAUGAGUUCUUGUUGAAGGAUUUCUUAUCUUAAGUAAAUUUUUAUUUAGUUUUUAAUUGUAAACAAAUGGAACAUUAUCAAUGAAUGCCUAUUAUUUUGUGAUACAAAAAAAAUGUAAGCAGAUUAUGAUAAAGUGUUGCAAACUAAACUAUACCACACAACUUCGAUCUUACAAAGAAUUUGUUUCAUUUUCCAAAAUGUUAAAAAAAAAAUUGAAUUUACCUGAAUCAUUAGGUGAUAAGGCUACUGAUUCAGUUAGCCCCACCAAAUUAGUUAAGGAAAAUGAUGAUGAAACGUCAAAGUUUUUUGAUGAGCCUGUUUGGAGAAAAUUUUAUAAUUUGGAAAUUUCUUUAAAUAAAGAACUGGCAAAUUAUGAGUAUCAGUCCAAAAUAGAUUAUAUAUACAAUCCUUUGGAAUAUACUGCACAAGUACAUUGUAAUUAUUUGCAAAAAUAUCUUAAGAAUAAAAAAGAUGUGCUAAUGAUUGGUAUGAAUCCUGGUCCAAAUGGAAUGCUGCAAACUGGAGUCCCCUUUGGAAAUAUAAAUACAGUUCGUAAUUUAAUGAAAUUAAGCGGUGAAGUAGAAAAGCCAUCUAUAAAAUUACAUCCGAAACGACCAAUCUCAGGCUUGUCAUGCAAAAUUGAAGAACCAAGUGGAGAACGACUUUGGAAUCUUUUAAAUGAAUUAUCUGAGGGAUUAGAAAAUUUUUCUAAAAAAUGUUUUGUUCAUAAUUUUUGUCCACUUGCUUUUUUUGAUAAACAAGGAAGAAAUAUUACACCUAGUGAACUAAAGGGUAAAGAUAAAAUUAAUAUACGUGAUAUUUGUCUCAAAUAUCUUCGCGAAGAAAUAAAAUUGCUACAACCACAAAUUGUAAUAGCCAUUGGAAGUUAUGUUAAUGACACUUUAAAAUUAUUAGCAAAGUCUAACGAAUUCGUUGGCAUACAAUUUUUAUUGUUACCGCAUCCAAGUCCUCGAAGUAUUAAUAACACAAAUUGGCCUGAAAAAGGGAAAAUCUUUUUUGAAUCAAAUAAUUUGAUUAAAUAUUUAAAAAACGAAAACUAA